AUGUACCUUUUCGACGGCAAAGAUGUAUCGAAACUGUGCUUACAUCACUUGAGAAAGCAAAUAGCAUUAGUAGGACAAGAACCAAGACUUUUCGGUGGUAGUAUUAGAGACAAUAUAUGUUUGGGUAUAGAUAUGAAGCCUACAAACGCACAGAUUGAAGCUGCUCUUAAUCUCGCAAACGCCAGCACAUUUGUUCAUGCUCUUCCUGAGGGUAUUGAAACUGACGUCGGCGAAAAAGGAUCAAAACUUUCCGGAGGACAGAAACAGCGUAUAGCUAUUGCUCGAGCGUUAGUGAGAAACCCUAAAGUUCUGCUUUUAGACGAAGCCACUUCUGCGCUCGACUCCGAAGCUGAGAAGGCAGUACAAAUAGCUCUAGAUCGGGCUAGAGAGGGCAGGACCUGCAUUACCAUCGCUCAUCGACUGUCUUCUAUUCAAAAUUCUGACCUUAUCAUAUAUAUUGACGGUGGAAAAGUACGAGAGUAUGGAACUCACACGCAGCUUAUGGCAAAGAGAGGCAGGUACUACGGCUUGAUAAGAAAGCAGGAUCUCCGUGUGUCUUCUCACCAAUUGUGCGCAGAAGCUGUCGGGACUGCAGAAUACUGUUCGAUUUCAACUAAUCUCGAAAUAAUGAAGAAUUAUAAAAGAGAAUUGCUUGUGUGGAUGCAACAGUCUCAUUUAGAAACAAGAAUUAUUAUUUUGCAUAAGGAGCAUGAAGAAUCUUUGAAUUAA